UAUUUUAACAUUCUAGGCUAUUUCUUUGUGUAAAAAUAUAAGAUUUCGAUGCAUCGCAGUAAAGUUCUAGACUUGCUAAAUGAUAUGAUAUAAGAUUCUAAAUCAUAAAAUAAAAUAAAAUGUACAAUUUUGUUUCGGGAAAACUCAUUGUCGCAUACGUGUUUUUCGGAUGCAAGAUAAUCACGAGAAUUCAAACUUUUUGACUUCUCUUUAUUAUACAAUAUAUUUUUAUAAUAUACACGUACACAGAUAAUGAAAUUACAAUUAUGUCGCAACGUUAUAUGAUGUCAUAAAUAAAACCGAUACAUCAAGAUCAAUCGAGUUGGCCAAUCGUUAAAAAAAAAUACAUUUGCAUGUUCGAAUAAUUCAGAUAUAUAAAAUGUUCGAAUUUGAUCUCAGCUUAAUACAUAUACAUAUAUGUGUGUCAUGAUAAGAGCAUGUGCAAUAUGCAUAAACAUCUGCAGCGUGAAAAACUGAGAAAAUCCGUUUUUGUCGCAUGUCGCUACGUCAAUUUUUCACUAAGUUAUAGCGUUUUGAAAAUCCGGCAGGGUCACCCCUAAUUAGAUGCGGAUGACAUUCAUCGGAAUGACUGGUAUGCGAAAAAAAACGCGCGUGGGUGUGGCGACACGCGCAAGAAUGCGGAAGUUAUUAAUACCGUCUAACACUCGUCUAACUGCAGCAAGGCAUUGACCUAUGCAGCGUACGUGGCGGGCGGCCGACUUUCGUCAUCGGCCGAUUUCGAAUUAUGUCGGAAUCACUCGGGAUAUGAUCAAUGGUCGAUGAGAUUGUCAAUCUCUCGCGAAAAAGUGUAGCGAACAGGUGUCAUAACCAAGCAAGAGUCUAGCACUUCUACUAAGGCUAGAAAUCAUUCAUUUCAGGUAAUUUCAGGUAAUUUCAGCUGAUGAAACUAAUUACAGCUAAUUAAGAGAAUUUAUAAAAAGAGGAUGGAUAAAAGAUUGCACAAGCUGUAUAAUGGGGUGUCAUUAACUACAUUGUUGCUAAAAUACGUAGACAAGAAUUUGUCAUUAGAAAUGCAUAUUACGUCCCACAGUCCCACGUCCAAAAGCUUACGAUGUGCUACCCUUAGAUGGCGUGAGCGACAGAGCAGAGUGUUUAGUCUCCAUACAUCUGUACGCUGAUAUCAGCAUCAGCACCUGGAUGAUACCCGACAAAAGGACGCCGUCGUUCCCGUUGUCACGUGUUACGUGGAGUUAAACACUGGCAUCCGAACACUCAUAUCAGUUAGAUGACGGCGCGGCGCCGUGGGUUGACAGGUCAUGGGGGCCUGUCUCGGCCACUGCUUAGCGAAAAUCACAGACUCUAUGCCACACAGAUUCUAUCAAAGGCAUACCAGAAUGUCUUUCCAAGAAGAAGACCAAGCUGAGUUUAUGGACGUUGAAAGAGAAGAGGAAGACCAAACUCAAGGAUCAAAAAGUUUAUUAUCAUUUCUCUCUUUAAAAAAAUUCAAGAAAAAGCAUGGAGUUCCGGUGACUUUAGAGUUAUUAGAAGAUGGAGGAUGGUCACGAGGUGGAAAUAGAUAUGCUAGAUUGAGUUCUAGGAAUGAUGUUUCCACAAGUUCUGGACUGGAUAUAUCACUUCAAGUUCUCGAUGCAAGGACAUUAAUGAAACAACAAACUUAUGUUUCCUCCACUCCGGGAUCAUCACUGGAUCUUGAAUGGGAACACGAAGGUAAUUUAUCACGUCAUUAUGUUUUUCUAAGUCUCCUAGUACACAGACAAAUUAUUGCAGGUAUGCCUCUACCAAUUAUAGAGGAUGACAAAGGAGAAACAGAGGGUUCUGUGACGUCCGUUAAUAAUAGCCAACCCUCCAGCUUGACGGCAUCUCCUUGGUCUAGAGUUUCCAGCCCGAAUAGUUUAGAAUGGGACCCAGUGGAACCGGAUAUGGUAUGUGUGGAUAUGGACACUGAGCAGCUUUUAACUGAGAUAGAAAGAUUAACAGAUAGAGCUUUGAAAGAAACAGGUGAAUGGACUAGCACUGAUAGCUGAUAAACGAUUCAAUUCUAAUGAAUGGAAUUGUUUGUAUUUUUGUAUUAUAGAAAUUCAUAAUAGGAUUAAAACAGAUGUUCUAUUGAAAAAAAAGAAAACAAAGAGAUAUAUUAUUUCGAUAUCACUAUUCUUGAAAACGAUAUAACUACAUUUAUAUCGUUUUUUAAGGUAUCUAUUGUACAGUUUAGGAUAUAUUGACACACAGAAAUCUGUCGCGGACACCCAUGUUGUGUAACAUACUUUAUACAAUAAUCUGGAUUAUAAUAAUGCAGGAACGAAUUAAUCUAAUUUUUGGCAAUAUAUGCGUAUAACAAAUUGUAUACAUAAACAAAAGAUCUAUUUCCUGUUUUCAAUUUUAGGCAUUUAGAUAAAGCAUUUGCUUGCUUAGAUGGAAUUGAGCUUUAUUAUGAACUUUAGCAAUAUCAACGUAUUUUUAAUUUUGCUUUUCGCGCAGCUUCCAUGUGACAAUAAAUUAUUUUUUACAAAAUAAAUUUAUGUACCAUCAUGUACUUUAAAUUUUUAGUAUUUAAUAUUCAAAUUACUUGUUUUGAUAUGAAGUAAUUUCAUAGUAAAAAUAUUAGAUUAUUCAAAUAUGCAUACAAGAAUUUUUAUUGCAUCAUAUUUUUUUAUGUAAUUUUUCAAUGACUGUAAAAUGGUAUGGUAUUAGAUAUCUGUUUAAAAUGUAAGCAGAGUGUGCAGUAUACACAUUAACAGAUCAAAUAAUUAAAAAAAACAUAGCAAGUGUACAAAACAAAAUUAUCCUAUUUCCAAUAGGAAAGAAUUAUUUUAUUGUAAUAAAGAGCACAGAAAUAUAUUUGAAACAAUUGCCGUAAACAGUGGAUGUAGAAUGCCUUAAGAUAGAUAAUAAAGAUUAUGUAGUUUGUUAUAGUUUAUAGCUGUAUUGCUUACGUUCCAUUCACUAUAAUUUUAAUAUAUUUCUAUUAUAUCGUUAUUAAAUAUGACACAAAUAAAACAAUUUUUUUAUAUUUGUUAAGCAAUCCUAAAAAAAUGUAUCAUAUCAAUCUAAAAUGUAAAGAGACCUAGUUAACGAAUAGAAAAGCGAAUGUGGAAUUCAGGAACGUCACUACAUAUGUGGACUAUAAUAAAUGUUAAGAAUGUGUUUCUAUAUGCUUUAAUAAAUAGUUACUUUAUUAUAUUUCUAUGUACAUACAAAAAAUGAAUUUAGACAAGAUUCUGCUCUAAGUCCUCUUUCCCUAACAGAGUAUAUAAUUUACAUCAAAUUUUGUUACAGUGGCUAUACAUAUAUGAAAAGUGUAUGAAA